AUGCAAACCUCAUCCAGCGACAACUCGAUAUGGGAGUACGUACACUGCUCGGUUUGUAUGGUACUUUUCCUCCCUCCAAACCACCCCGACCCCGUUCCGGAUAUCCCCUUCUGGCUCACGGAGUGCGGCCAUGUCGUCUGCAACAACCACUUGAUGGCGGACCAAAGCUGUGCGUCGUGCGGGGCCAAGAAUCCAAGCAUUGUGCCGCUGCAACGCAAUAUGUCCCCGCCAGUUUCGGAAUGGUUUCGUCCGUUGAGUGAUGCACACGAGAGCUUAGUCAUGGCCUCUCGGAUCCAACACAACAUGUUCGUCGCACUUAUUCGACACUACCGGCAGCGAUAUGAUGCUGCCAAGAUUAUGAUCAGGCAACUACAGACAGAGUUAGAGUCGCUUCGGAGCCAGCUUAAUUCUCAAAGAUAUCUGGCGGCCUCUCCCCGCCUCGGUAUUCUAGAGCAGAGGGAUCUUUAUGAUAAUUUAUAUUCUUCGAGUUCAGGAAGUGCUUCGAAACGUAGGAGAAUUGACGUGGAGGGAGCUGUAUCUUCUCCCCAUUCUAGUUCCACCCCAAACCGCCCAACACGGGCAUUUAAUGAUAACAGUAACAUCACAGCAGGCUAUGAAAGCGGUGGUUUAACUCAAACAAUAGAGCAUCAGAGCCAUUCGCUAAAUCAUCGACUCAAUCCGACAAGCAUAUCGAUAGUAACCCCACGAAAGCGCAAAGAAAUAUGCGUUUAUACCGCCUUCCACACCAGUGAGGGGGCAACCAACUGGAAACGCCGGCGGACAAUGCAUACCCCAGACACCUGGCGCACAGCCAAUGUCUCGUCCGCAGAGUACAGCAGUGAUGCCCCCACCAACGUUGGAUCCACAAAGGAUGACUACGCGAGCCGCAUCCGCCAGUCUCUCGAGGGGUAA